ACUGCGGGGUGUGCGGCGGCCCAAGCGGUUUUAAACGGCUUAGAGCAGGCCCCUCGGUUCUGACCCGGCGGAGGAAGUACUUUUAACUCCAAGAAAAAACUAGAAGCACAAUGGGAGAUGACAGUGAGUGGUUGAAACUGCCAGUUGAUCAGAAAUGUGAACAUAAGCUGUGGAAAGCAAGAUUAAGUGGAUAUGAAGAGGCCCUGAAGAUCUUCCAGAAAAUAAAGGAUGAAAAAAGCCCAGAAUGGUCCAAAUACUUAGGAUUAAUCAAAAAAUUUGUCACUGAUUCCAAUGCAGUGGUUCAGUUGAAAGGACUGGAAGCCGCACUUGUCUAUGUUGAAAAUGCCCAUGUUGCAGGGAAAACCACGGGAGAAGUUGUAUCAGGUGUUGUAAGUAAAGUCUUCAACCAACCUAAAGCCAAAGCCAAGGAAUUGGGCAUAGAGAUUUGCCUCAUGUACAUAGAAAUUGAAAAAGGAGAGUCUGUACAAGAAGAACUCUUAAAGGGUCUGGAUAAUAAGAACCCCAAGAUCAUAGUGGCCUGUACAGAGACACUGAGGAAAGCCUUAAGUGAAUUUGGUUCCAAAAUCAUCUUACUUAAGCCAAUUAUUAAAGUAUUGCCAAAACUAUUUGAAUCUCGAGACAAGGCUGUUCGGGAUGAAGCCAAAUUGAUUGCUGUCGAGAUAUAUCGAUGGAUUCGAGAUGCCCUGAGACACCCAUUACAAAAUAUAAAUUCUGUUCAGUUGAAAGAAUUAGAAGAAGAAUGGGUCAAGCUGCCAACAGGUGCUCCUAAACCAAGUCGGUUUCUGCGUUCCCAACAGGAACUAGAAGCUAAAUUGGAACAGCAACAAUCUGCUGGAGAUGCAGAGGGCGGUGGUGAUGAUGGUGAUGAGGCACCACAGAUAGAUGCUUAUGAGCUUUUGGAAGCCGUAGAAAUCCUUUCCAAACUUCCCAAAGACUUUUAUGACAAAAUUGAAGCAAAAAAGUGGCAAGAGAGAAAAGAAGCCCUGGAGGCUGUAGAAGUACUAGUGAAAAAACCCAAACUGGAAGCAGGCGAUUAUGCAGAUUUAGUCAAAGCCUUAAAGAAGGUUGUUGGAAAGGACACCAAUGUCAUGUUGGUAGCUUUGGCAGCAAAAUGUCUUACUGGCCUGGCUGUUGGGCUAAGGAAGAAAUUUGGACAAUAUGCAGGACAUGUUGUACCAACAAUUUUGGAAAAAUUCAAAGAAAAGAAGCCUCAAGUGGUGCAAGCCCUGCAGGAGGCAAUCGAUGCAAUCUUCCUCACUACCACACUACAGAACAUCAGUGAGGAUGUUUUAGCAGUAAUGGAUAAUAAAAACCCAACCAUCAAGCAGCAGACAUCACUUUUUAUUGCAAGAAGCUUCCGUCACUGCACUGCUUCGACUUUGCCGAAGAGUUUACUAAAGCCCUUUUGUGCUGCUCUACUUAAGCACAUCAAUGAUUCUGCUCCUGAGGUCAGAGAUGCUGCAUUUGAAGCACUGGGCACUGCUUUGAAGGUGGUUGGUGAGAAAGCGGUAAACCCAUUCCUAGCUGAUGUUGACAAACUCAAACUUGACAAGAUCAAAGAAUGCUCAGAAAAAGUAGAGCUGGUUCAUGGUAAGAAAGCUGGUUCUGCAGCUGAAAAGAAGGACUGCAAGCCUGCACCUGGAAGGGCUGCUCCAUCUGGGGCUGCAGGGGACAAAGACACGAAGGACGUUUCAGUACCCAAACCAGGACCAUUAAAGAAAGCACCUACUACUAAGGCUGGUGGACCUCCGAAGAAAGGCAAAGCAACUGCACCAGGAGGUUCCGCAAAUGCUGGAACAAAGACUAAGAAGGGAUUGGAGACUAAAGAAGUAGUUGAGCCAGAACUCUCCAUUGAAGUAUGUGAAGAAAAGGCUUCAGCUGUUCUUCCCCCAACCUGUAUUCAGCUUCUAGACAGUAGUAACUGGAAGGAAAGGCUAGCCUGUAUGGAAGAAUUCCAAAAGGCUGUUGAACUAAUGGAGCGAACUGAAAUGCCAUGCCAGGCAUUAGUGAGGAUGCUAGCCAAAAAACCUGGAUGGAAAGAAACUAAUUUUCAGGUGAUGCAGAUGAAGCUUCACAUAGUUGCUUUGAUCGCCCAGAAGGGAAAUUUCUCUAAAACUUGUGCUCAGGUUGUAUUAGAUGGCCUUGUUGACAAGAUUGGAGAUGUGAAAUGUGGGAACAAUGCAAAAGAAGCUAUGACAGCAAUAGCUGAAGCAUGUAUGUUGCCGUGGACAGCUGAACAGGUGAUGUCAAUGGCCUUCUCACAAAAGAAUCCCAAGAAUCAGUCAGAAACUCUAAAUUGGUUAUCAAAUGCAAUAAAAGAAUUUGGUUUUUCUGGGUUGAAUGUGAAAGCUUUCAUUAGCAAUGUGAAGACUGCUCUUGCUGCAACAAAUCCAGCUGUGAGGACUUCUGCCAUUACCUUGCUUGGCGUGAUGUAUCUAUAUGUUGGUCCUUCUUUGAGAAUGUUCUUUGAGGAUGAGAAGCCUGCCCUUCUAUCCCAGAUAGAUGCAGAGUUUGAAAAGAUGCAGGGACAAAGCCCACCCACUCCAACCAGAGGAAUUUCCAAGCAUAGCACAAGUGGUACAGAUGAAGGAGAAGAAGGAGAUGAACCAGAUGAUGGGGGCAAUGAUGUUGUUGAUCUUUUGCCAAGGAUAGAGAUCAGUGACAAAAUUACUUCAGAGUUGGUGUCUAAAAUUGGUGACAAGAAUUGGAAGAUCAGGAAGGAAGGCCUAGAUGAAGUGGCAGGUAUUAUCAAUGAAGCAAAAUUUAUCCAACCAAAUAUAGGUGAACUUCCAACUGCCUUGAAGGGUCGACUCAAUGAUUCAAAUAAAAUCUUGGUGCAACAGACAUUGAGUAUCCUUCAGCAACUGGCAGUAGCCAUGGGGCCGAACAUUAAGCAACACGUAAAGAACUUAGGCAUCCCUAUCAUUACUGUCCUUGGUGAUAGCAAGAACAAUGUUCGAGCUGCCGCCCUAGCAACUGUGAAUGCAUGGGCAGAACAGACUGGUAUGAAGGAGUGGCUGGAGGGAGAAGAUCUUUCUGAAGAACUCAAAAAAGAAAAUCCCUUCUUGAGGCAAGAGCUUCUGGGCUGGCUGGCUGAGAAACUACCUACCCUUCGUUCCACUCCCACUGACCUUAUUCUCUGUGUUCCUCAUCUGUACUCUUGUCUGGAAGAUCGAAAUGGAGAUGUGCGAAAGAAGGCCCAAGAUGCUUUGCCAUUCUUUAUGAUGCAUUUAGGAUAUGAAAAAAUGGCCAAGGCUACUGGGAAACUAAAGCCAACUUCUAAAGAUCAAGUACUGUCCAUGCUAGAAAAGGCCAAAGCUAACAUGCCAUCCAAGCCUGCUGCACCUGCUAAGACAAUGUCCAAACCAAUGGGAGGGUCAGCUCCAACCAAAUUCCAGUCUACACCAGCACCUGUUGAAGAUUCUGUUUCCAGCACCAUAGAAACUAAGCCUGAUCUGAAAAAGGCUAAAGCUCCAGGAGUUUCUUCUAAAGCAAAGAGUGUACAAGGGAAGAAAGUGCCAAGCAAAACCACCUUAAAGGAAGAUGACGACAAGUCUGGACCCAUUUUUAUUAUUGUUCCAAAUGGGAAGGAGCAAAGGAUGAGAGAUGAAAAAGGAUUAAAGGUGCUAAAGUGGAAUUUUACUACUCCACGUGAUGAAUACAUUGAACAGCUGAAGACUCAAAUGUCAAGCUGGGACAUCCACAUUUUCAUGAAGGUCUUUCCCAAAGAGAAACUGAAGCAAUGCAAAAGUGAAUUUCCUAUCAGGACUCUAAAGACCCUUCUGCAUACAUUAUGCAAACUAAAAGGACCUAAGAUCCUAGACCACCUUACAAUGAUUGACAAUAAGAAUGAAUCUGAGCUGGAGGCGCACCUGUGUCGGAUGAUGAAGCACAGUAUGGACCAGACUGGGAGCAAGUCUGAUAAGGAAACAGAAAAGGGAGCUUCUCGAAUAGAUGAAAAAUCAUCAAAGGCCAAAGUAAAUGAUUUCUUAGCUGAGAUUUUUAAGAAGAUUGGAUCUAAAGAGAACACUAAAGAGGGCUUAGCAGAGUUAUAUGAAUAUAAGAAGAAAUAUUCAGAUGCUGACAUUGAACCUUUCCUGAAAAACUCCUCACAAUUCUUUCAGAGUUAUGUUGAGAGAGGCCUUCGGGUAAUUGAGAUGGAAAGAGAAGGCAAAGGCCGCAUCCCCUCCUCGACAGGCAUCUCCCCUCAGAUGGAAGUCACAUGUGUGCCCACCCCCACAAGCACAGUGUCCUCUAUAGGGAACACAAAUGGAGAAGAAGUGGGACCAUCCGUCUACCUGGAAAGGCUAAAAAUUCUCCGACAACGGUGUGGUCUUGACAACACAAAGCAGGAUGACCGGCCUCCACUGACCUCUUUGCUCUCCAAACCAGCAAUUCCUCCAGUUGCCUCUUCCACAGACAUGCUCCACAGCAAGCUCUCGCAGCUGCGGGAGUCCCGAGAGCAACACCAGCACUCAGACCUGGAUUCCAACCAGAGCCACUCUGCAGGAACCAUGACCUCCUCCUCCUCUACAACUAACAUUGAUGACUUGAAAAAGAGACUGGAGAGAAUAAAGAGCAGUCGUAAAUGAAGCUGCCCAUCCCUCAGCACUCUGCAGCUUUAGUUUACUAAUCUAGAAGUCCUAUAGUGUGAAGUGGCCACUGCAGGCCUCAUGUCCACAAACUGGUUGUAUGUAUCAGACAGCAGAUGGGGAAAGAGCGGUAGUGGUUCACGUCUGCACAGGCUCUGCUUCUCCCCGUCGGUGCUGCUUCUAGAAGACUUGACUGCGAGUUAGGUUAGUGUACAGACUUUGAAACAGCUGCUCCCUCAGCGCAGACUAGGUUCCAUAUCUUUUUUGUUUUGUUUUGAUGGCUCAUUUGUAAAAUUGUCCUAAUUUUUUCCUAGCUUUCAGCCAUUAGAAACUUUAAUAGUUCCUUCUGAGUUGUGAGCUCUUCUCCUGUAGCCCUGAAGGGACACUGUAUUCUGUAUGAAUGCAUGGCAUGAGACAACUAAUUUAAGAGUCUUUUAUAAAUAAAGUUUGCAUUAACUAUA